AUGGCGUUCUCUAGAUGGCCCUCGUGUUUGGUGGUUCUGCUGCUCAUCGCUAGCUCGUGCCAAGCUCAACAAGUGAUUCGGCUUGGGUUCCUCCUACCGUAUCCUGAUGGCGACUCCGCCGUUCCGCAACGACUUGCCGACGAAUGGAUCUCUGCCGUCCGUGUGGCUCUGGAGGUGCUGGGACCGCAGUACGAGAACAAUUUCGUCGUCGAGCCGUUCGUCCAAAACUCCGCAUGCGACGCCGAAGUUGCCGCUCAGGCUGCACAGCGGCUAGUCUACACGAACGUGGUCGGCGUGGUGGGUCCAGCAUGUUCCGAGGCCGUGAAGGGCGCCAAUCCCGUGCUCAAGGCGGCCGGGAUUCCAUUCGUCUCGUUCGCCGCCACUGCCGAUGGCUUUUCCAGCGACGUCGAGUACCCCACCUUCUUCCGCACUGUUUUCCCCGACGCGGACCAAGCUACAGCCAUUGUCUCCGUGAUCGAGCAUUUCAACUUCGACCAGAUUCACCUCUUCUAUUCGGACGAGAUUUAUGGCACCUCACUCGCUAAGGGCAUCAAGAACAUUCUGAGCGGCAAGCGCGUGGUGCAACCGAUCAAGGUGCCGUACCCCGUCGACCCCACGGCUCUCGACCAGUACUUCGCCAACAUGAAGCCCAGCAACGCUUCCGUCUGCGUCUUCGCCACGCUGCCCAACGUCGCCGAGGCCCUCUGGGAAACGGCGUUCCGCCUGGGCCAGACCAAGUUCCCGUACUGGUACCUGGGAGCUGAUGGCGCCGUUGCAUUUGACCUCGUUGGCGAAGGCAAGGACCUGACCAACCUCACACACGCCCUGCAGGGAGAAAUCGGCGUUGGUCCUUACAAGGGCAACUACCAUCCGCGCACGUCGCCCUUCAACCAGUUCAAGGACUUUUGGGCCACCAAGACGCACGAGGAGUACCCUGGCCUGCUCACGCUCGACGCCUCCCCCCGGUUCACCGAAGCACGUGCCUACGUCACCAACCUCAUCGAUUCCAUCUGGGCAUUCUUUGAAGCUUUCAAGACAAUUGUCGUCGACCAAGGCAAGGAGGUGACGGCGCCACUGCUGCUGGACUGCUUCCGAGGCAUCCCCUCCCAGUGUAUCGCCUUCAACGGCGCCUCUGGCACCGUUGCCUUCAACAGCACCACGGGGGAGAGGGAGACGGAGGCCUCGGCGCCCCAGUACGGGUUCUACAACCUCAUUGACGUCACCUGGAAGGAGAAGAGCAAGUGGGUGCUGGGCAGCUACAAGAUCAACCCCAACCUCGAAUACAUUGAGCGGCCGGGCCCGCUGCCUGCCAGCUGGAAAACGGAUCUCAUGAAGCAGAUUGCCGCCCAGCCUGCCGUCAUCCCGGCCGGCAUCGAUGCGGUGCAACCUGUUUCGGAUACUUUUGAUACCCUGCCCGGUGCCAAGGAGAAGGAUUACAAUACCACCACUACCAAGGCACCUGCACCCUCUGGUGGUGGUGGCGGGCCUAGCACGGGAGCCAUUGUUGCUCUUGUGCUCGUCAUUAUCGUAGCUGUGGGAGUGCUCGGGUAUGGUGGAUGGUACUGGUACAACCGCAACUACCGCCACCCCGAGCACCAGACGUUUGUUCGCAUGCUUUAG